UAUGAUAGUACGACAAGAAACAAUGAGCCAGUGCAAGGAACAUGUAUUUUUCAGAAAGUCCGUUUAAGUUAGUGCUAUAGGACACAUGAUCUCCUCUUUCUUCCAACGAUUUGACAAAGUAAUAUGGUAUGAUCGCAGGCCCGUCAUUUUCGCAGUAGUCCGGAAGCCAGUCAAAUUGUAUCGUUGUUUUCAACAUCACCACCCACUGAUGAUUUAACAGCCUAACAAUUCUCGAGUCCAUACAAGUCAUCUGCUAACGAGUCAGGAUGUCGUCCACAUCUCAAAAACACCGGAACUUCGUGUCAGAGCCAAUGGGACUAAAGCCUGUGACUGAACUACCUGGAAUAGGACCGGUUCUUGGCGGAAGACUCAGAGGGGCAGGGUUUGAUAAGGCAUACGUUGUUCUGGGUCAGUUUCUGUUGUUGAAGAAAGAUGAGGAGCUUUUCGUAGACUGGCUGAAGGAGGCAUGUCAUGCUAAUUCCAAGCAAGCAGGGGACUGCUUUACAUGUCUGAAAACCUGGUGUGAUUCUUUCUUGUGAGGUGCCUGCCCUCUCACAUCAUGCUUCUGUCCACAUGUACUCAUGCAUACCCUUACUUUGGGCUUCCUUGGUCCAAGCUGCACAACUCAACCCUCUUUUGCCUGGUGACACGGGCUACUGCUGACAUCCUAUACCGGCAACCUGACACAGUUAAACAGUUUUACAAAGCAAUAAACUCUAUGGACCUUAGAGCUAAAUAGCAUAGAUAAUUCAGGCUUGUAGGCGUGUAUCUCCCAGUGCAGUAUCACUAUAAAACCUGAUGUGAUUCGUUUGUCCUGGACAACAUUUGCAGGAAUGGAUUAUUUUAAGUUUUUAAUAUGCUUGUCAUGAACAGCAUUCAUUUUCAAGAUACGGGGUGCUGAAUGAUUUCAGACUUGAAGUUGAUGAGGGGAAUCUAGCAUUACUCGUCUUGCUGGACCUUAGCGCAGCGUUCGACACGACAGACCAUAGCGUAAUGAUUUCCCGCAGUUACGUGGACUUUAGAAUCCAGGGAGUGGCAUUGAGUUGGUUUACGUCCUACCUCAAUGAUAGGUAUCAGUCAGUGCUUGUGGAUGGCUGUCUAUCAGAACCCGUCCUACUUACAUGUGGCGUGCCACAGGGGCCUUGGGCCGAUCCUUUGUACGCUGUACACAAGACAGCUUGGGAAUCUAAUUGACAGACACCGGAUGUGACGUCACCACUAUACCGACGACUCACAACCAUUUCAGCCUAAACCACCAGAGGCCGCUGAAGCUCUGGAACUAACAUCCCUCUGUUCUCAGGACAUUAAGUCUUGGAUGUUGAGAAACAAACUCAAACUCAACGAUGACAAAACGGAAUGCUUCAUAGUUGGACCCAGGCUGAGGCGGUCAAAAGUUGAUAUCACUUCCAUACCUAUUGGGAGUUGUCUCAUGGUAGCAGAGGUAGUUAAAGAUCUACGUGUUCAUCUUGAUUUUGAGGUAUCCUUGGAGAACCACUUCCUCCAGCGUAGAAACAUUGGAAAUAUAUAAGAAAGUAUCUCAACAAACAAUCGGCAAUCAUCCUUGUUCUGUCAUUAGUCAUUUCCAAGGUAGACUACUGCAACAGCCUACUCUGGGGGCUCCUCAGACAACAAUCAACAAGCUUCAGAAAGUACAAAAUACUGUCGCAAGAAUUGUGACUCUCACGCGAAAAUAUGACUAUAUAACUCCUAUUUUCCAAAGUCAUCAUUGGCUUCCAGUGAAAGAACGCAUUUCCUACAAAGCCCUGCGUCUUGCGUAUAAAUGCAUUGCUAGUGACACACCUGAUUACCUGUGUGAGCUACUUGCAGACCACUGAGAACUCUCAGAUUUCAAGCACAACAUCUCCUCGGUGUCCUGAAAACUAAAACUGCAAGCUAUGGGCAUCGCUCUUUCUCUUCCUUGGCAGCCAUAGAAUGGAAUCAACUUCCUAUUGAAAUAAGACUUGCUCCAACAUUCAAAUCGUUCAAAACAUUUCUGAAGAUCCAUCUGUUUAAAAGAGUUUUCCUUAACUAGACUUUAACUGUGCGCUUCGAGCAUGCAUUAAGUGUGGAGUAUUAGCACUAUAUAAAUGCACCAUUGUUAAUUCAGCCUAUGUUGCCGUCUUGUUUGUUAUGCUUUGCUUGGUUUAAAAACACCAUCAGGCAGACAUUCGUCACUUUAAAACAGCCUUGGACCCAGAACUAUAUGAAAUAGUAGGUUAUAGAAUUUAUGGUGUUCAAAGGACGAUUACACAUUUGACCUGUUACCUUUUAUGGAAGAACCCUAAUUCCUUAACAUUUUACAUAAAAAUAAUCUACCUUUUUCCUUCAGAAUAUCAUCUUGCACAGGUAACAUAUGCUUGUUUGUCUGUCACAGUUUGAAAAUUUGUACAUGACCCGACAGAGCAGUGAUUAUUCAAAACUCAAGAAACUAGAGAAAAGCUUUCCAAGGGAAAAUGUAGUCUAGAGUGUCAGCUGGAGUGUCAGCUGGAGUGCAAUAAUUGUUUGUUUCUUUAUUAGAUAAAGCAAACUGAUCUGACAUCUCACAACUAGUCAAUGUUAGUUUUUCAUUUUAAGUAUUAGCAAUGUUGAAUAAAUUCUUAUUAUGACA